AUGUUCUAUAUGGAUGCAGUUAGCGAAUUACAACACCUAGAAGCAUUUUUGGUCGACGAACACGAACGUGAUCCAAAGAAAAUAGAGAACCUCUACGAGUGUGUGCAAUACGCCGCGGCAAUUGUUCCGCGAUUUGUCAAUGAUUUGCCUGAAUCCGAUAAGGAACCACGAGAAUGCGAUGGUACCGUAUCGGACGCGAUUCAUUUUGUGCUAGUGAACUUUGCUGAAAUGAAUAAGCUAUGGGUUCGAAUGCAACAUCAAGGACCGUCUAGAGAGCGGGAGAAACGGGAAAAGGAUCGUAUGGAGUUGCGGAUACUUGUUGGAACGAAUCUUGUGCGUCUGUCACAACUUGAAAACCUCACUGAGGACAUGUAUGUUAAGGAAGUAUUGCCGAGUAUUCUCGAGCAAGUCGUAUCCUGUCGAGAUCACAUUUCACAGGAGUAUUUAAUGGAAUGUGUCAUUCAAGUAUUUGGCGAUGAUUUUCACCUCGCGACAUUAAACGAAUUUCUACGAGCGUGUGGAGAUUUAGUUCCAGAGGUUAAUGUCAAAAACAUCCUGAUUGCAUUGAUUGAAAGACUGGCAUUGUUUGCUGCAAAUCCAGAUGGACCCGGCAUCCCAGCAGAUAUUCAACUGUUCGAUAUUUUCUCAGAACAGGCAAAGAACUUUGUGAAAAAUCGUACCGAAAUGCCUAUGGAGGACAUCGUGUCGCUUUAUGCUGCUCUGGUCAGCCUUGCGAUCAAGUGCUAUCCGAAUCGGCCAGAGUUUGCAAAUACAUCAUUCGGGAGUUUGAAAUGUAUUCUGGAGGAAAAGAAGAAAACUGCUAUCGAACCUUUCGACCCUAUUGGUCGUGAAUUGAUGAAGCUAAUCCGGCUACCUAUAGAUGAAUAUAAUAAUGCUCUGAAACUAGCCGGGCUCACCGAGUUUGUUCCUGUAAUGGAGACUUUCAAAUACCAUGGACGUUGCUUAGCUGCGUCACAUAUCAUUCAGAACAUGCUCGAAAAUGGAACACUGAUGAGAACUGAGGAGAAUGUUGCAGUGAUGUGCGCUAUGUUGCAUUCCUUAUUGGUAGACCAACAAGACCAACCUCCCAAUGCAUCGAACAUGCUCGAAAAUGGAACACUGAUGAGAACUGAGGAGAAUGUUGCAGUGAUGUGCGCUAUGUUGCAUUCCUUAUUGGUAGACCAACAAGACCAACCUCCCAAUGCAUCGGAAACUGAAGACUUCGAGGAUGAGCAGCAUUUAGUAGCUCGAUUUGUGCAUCUUAUUCAGGCUGAUACUCCCGACGAGCAGUUUUUGUUACUUAAUAAUGCAAGGAAGAUUUUGGGCGCUGGAGGGAAGGCCCGAAUCAAGUACACCUUGACUCCAAUUAUUUUCGAGCUUUAUAAGCUCAUAUUGCGAUUCGUUGAUCUCAAAGAUGAGGAGAAUUGGGAGGCAAAAAUGCGGAAGAUGUUCAUGUGUGCGAUGGGAACAAUUGGUGCGUUGAUCACUACAGCGGAAAUGUCAGAUCUUCCGCUAAAGUUAUAUUUGGAGGGUGCUAUGGUUGCUGAUAAAGUGCCAUUGCCUGAUGCAUCUUCUGUUGUCUACGAGUUCAUUUCGAAGGUUACUGAGGAUAUGCUAGUGGAGUUGAUAUCUCGCACAAAGGAAAAUGCCGUGCAGCUCGACGUAAGCGCCGAAGCUGACGCGCUAGAAAAGCACCUGGCUAUGACGUUGCAGCAUAUCAAAAGAUCGAAGGAAAAGCGUCCGGGAUUAGCAGAGCGGCUUCAGUUAUAG